AUGGCACCAUAUGAGGCUUUGUAUGUUUGUUGGUGCCGAUCUCCGUUGUACUGGGAUAUGGUAAGCGAGCAGCAGAUUUUGGGGCCAGAAUUAGUUCAACAGACCUUUGCAAAGGUCGAGCUUAUUAGGGUGAGGAUAAAAGCAGCACAGAGUCAGCUGAAGAGUUGUGCAGAUACUUGCCGACGGGAGCUAGAGUUCGAGAUCGGAGAUAUGAUAUUAUUGAUGAUUGAUCCAAUGAAGGGAGUGAUGAGAGUUUAUAACGUCUUCCACGUAUCAGUACUGAGGAAGUAUGUGUCAGAUCCUUUGCAUGUGAUAAGUUAUGAAUCCUUAGAGAUCAAGGAUGUUUUGGCUUACAAGGAGGUAUCGGUUCAGAUUCUGGAUCAGAAAAUACAGGAACUUUGUACUAAGGAAAUAUCAUUAAUGAAAGUGCUAUGGUGGAAUCAUGCAGCAAAGGAGGCUUCUUGGGAGUUAAAGACAGAAAUACGUUAG